AUGAGUAACAUAAAGCCAAUUGCCACAAGCGAAGAAAUGAUAGGUAAGCCUCCAGAAUGACUUGUAGUGAGCCCAAAGAUCAGCAUGAGAGAGUCUAAAAGGGUGAAGAUCUCUUGGAAGAAUCUUAGAUACACAGUUAGAGUGCAACGUUCUAGAAAGCAAAUGGAAGAGCUUGGUGAGACUGACAAAUAUUAUGAUAAGGAACUCCUUAAGCCUCAGAAUGGCUUUGUUCAAAAUGGAGAAGCCAUGUUUAUCAUGGGGUCAUCUGGAGCUGGCAAAACAACUUUGCUUAAUGCUCUAUGUGAUAGACUGACUCAGAACAAACACUGCAAACUUGAAGGAGAAGUCCUUCUGAACGAUACCUACCCUGUCACUCAAAGAGAUUUCGGUAAAUAUGGAGGAUAUGUGACUCAAGACGACAUUCUGUUUCCAACGCUGACUGUUUAUGAAGCUCUGGUGUUUGCAGCCAGGCUUAAAAUCAACAUUAAAGGAGAUGAACUUAAACAGAAAGUCGAAGAUACUCUUGGUUCUCUCAGUCUGAGACAUAUUAAAGAUAGACUGAUUGGAAACAGCGACGUAAAAGGACUUGGACCAGCUGAUAAGAAAAAGACUUCUAUUGCCAUUGAAUUAAUUUCAAAUCCCUCUGUUCUUUUUCUAGAUGAACCUACUUCAGGACUUGAUAGCUUUACAGCAAAUAAAAUUGUCGAACUUCUCAAAAAUCAAGCUAGACUGGGAACUACAAUAAUAGCUACAAUACAUCAGCCUAGCUCUAGCACAUUUGGGCUAUUUGAUAGACUCUUAUUGCUCAUGGAUGGCAAUACUAUCUACCAAGGUGAUGCCCAGAAGGCUGCUUCAUACUUUGAAACAAUUGGAUUUUUUAUCCCUACAUUCUCCAAUCCUGCAGACUAUUUCCUUAAGGAAUUCUUCAUUCCUUACAAAAAGGAACAAAAGGAUAUCCAAAAGCUCGAUAUUCUAAUUGAAGGCUACAAUACUCGCAUCUCACAAGAUAUUAAAAAGGAAGAUGAAGCUAUAAAAUUUCAGGAUGAUGAUGAACAAGACAUUAUGAAUAGAAACACUAAAGCUUCUCCUCUUGUAGAGCUUGGUUAUCUUAUCCUCAGAACUGCCAAGAAUACUUACAGGAACCCCAGUGCUACAAAUAUUAGGAUCACUCAAGCGAUCAUGAUGGUCGUCCUCAUAACUCUCUGUUUCUGGGAUCUAGGAACCUCCGAAAGGGAUAUCAAUGGGAAGGUUGGAUUCAUAUUCUUCCUUUGUGUUUCAACCAUUUUCAACUCAAUGAAUGUGGUGCUUGUCCUGUUCAUAUCGGAGAGACCUGUCUUCAUUCGGGAAUAUUCGAGCAAGACUUAUGGAGUGUGGUCUUAUUACCUCUCUAAAUCAAUUGUUGAAGUGCCUUUUGAAGUCAUUGCUCCUCUAAUCUCUUGCCUAUUAGUAUAUUUUACUGUAGGAUUGACUCCAGAUUUUGACAGAUUUGUCAUAUUUUGAUUGGUAACAGUCUCUGGAGUGCUUGUAUCUACCUCAUUUGGAUUCUUUAUAGGAUGUCUGGUGAGAGAUCCUUCAGUAGCAGCUCAAGUAUCUCUGCUGAUGUAUCUUCCUUUUGUAUUCUUUGGAGGUUUCUUUGUCAACUUGGGAGACGUCUUUACGUUUUUGAGAUGGAUUCAAUACCUCUCCCCUAUCCGCUAUAUGAUGGAAGCUUUUCUCAGGAACGAGUUUGAAGACAACAGUGAUUACCCAAACGGAGAUCAAAUAUAUGAAAAAUAUCAUUACGAUCUUGGAACAGCUCCCUGCAUCUUAAUCGUUAUCGUCGUUGGAAUCGCAUUAAGAAUGAUUGCCCUCUUAACCCUAAAGCUCAGCGUGACACCAAUCUUCAAAAAAUCCUAAAUAUCUAAACAUAUCAGUCUCAACC